GGACACCCGUAAGCUGCUCCAGCAAUACUGGAGGUCCUGAAGACGCUGCUCGCUUUCUCCCAGACAGCAAUCACUGCAAUGGCGGAUUACGAUAACUACGACGACCAGGAUCGGGCUUACGGUAGCUUUGGCGGAGGAAGAGGGCCCCGGGCCGGAGGAGGUGCAGGGGGCCCGCGCCGGCAGAAGGAGCUGCCCUCAGAGCCCCCGUUCACGGCCUAUGUGGGGAACCUCCCCUUCAACACCGUCCAGGGAGACAUCGACACCAUCUUCAAAGAGCUGAGCACACGCAGCGUGCGGCUCGUCCGCGACAAAGAGACCGACAAGUUCAAAGGCUUCUGUUAUGUAGAAUUUGACGACUUGGAAUCCCUCAAAGAAGCCUUGACAUACGACGGAGCUCUUUUGGGAGACCGGUCGCUCAGAGUGGACAUCGCAGAGGGACGCCGGCAAGAGAACAGACAGGGGUUCGGCUUUCGGAAAGACGAUAGAGGCCGGGGUGGGGCGAGAGGCGGCCCCCGAGGAGGGGGGCGGGACAGCAGAGACGACUACGACCAAUCGGGAGGAGGAUACAAAGAUGAUGACUUCAUGGGUGGGCGGAGUCGAGGUGGCGGCCGUCCUGGCGACAGGAGAGGGGGCGGGGCCGGGGCCGGGGCCGGGGACGGCGGGAUGGGCCGCUACAGAGACGGGCCCCCGCGCGGAAACACAGCGGACUUCAGAGAACCCUCUGACGAGGAGAGAGCGCAGAGGCCCAGGCUACAGCUGAAGCCGCGCACUGUGGCAGCUCCACUCAACCAAGUCGCCAACCCCAACUCCGCCAUCUUCGGCGGGGCCAAGCCGCGGGAGGAGAAUUAGUAAAAAGGAUGUGGCUGCAUUAUUCAGGAGGACUAACCUGGACCCGGCUCCGUUCAAAAAUCAGCCAAAGAAAGAGAGCGAGCAAGAGAGAGAGCGCUGACGAUGGGGAAGUGCCCCACCUCUACUGUACAACACCGCCGAUCCCAACGCAAAACACACUGGGAACCUCACCACGAUGGGGGGACCCCAUUGGUUAUCCACUAGGAAUGGUGGUACCCGAUUGGUUAUUCACUGGGAUGGUGGUACUCAAUUGGUUAUCCACUAGGAAUAGUGGUACCCGAUUGAUUAUUCACUGGGAUGGUGGUACUCAAUUGGUUAUCUCUUUCGAAAUGCUUCUCUUGUGUUCUGCAUUGAUGUUUUUGUUCUUUUUAAACACACAAUGGCUUCACGGCUCCCGUGUGUUGGCUUGUUCAUUUUCUCCCCUUGGUCAAAGCUCUCGGUGAAGUAAGUACAUAUUUUGUCUCGUCAAAUCCUAAUCGGAAUCUUAAAGGAUUGCUAAUUUGUGUCCGUGUUAUGAUUCGGGCACGACGUUUUCACAGAUUUUUGACCAGAGUCGGUUUGAUCCAGGUGAAGGUAGCUUUCUGUAAUGCUGCAAGCGUGGGUAUUGAACAGUUUUAUCCUUCAAUAUCCACUGCUAGAUGUAGACAAGUUGUCAUUGCCAAAAAUAGUUUUAAAAAAAAAGAUCACUCAAUUUGAAAAAGUGCACCACAUGCAUUUAGAAAGGUAUUGUUUUUUUUUUGUUGUUUUUUUUUUGAAAGACAUAGGAAAGUAAUUUAUCUGGAUUUUCAGUCCUGUCCACACUAAACAUUAUGUACAGUAGUGUUACUACCGACACAUCCAACUGUAACUCUAGGCAGUGCUUUGGGUUUGCAUCUUUGGGUGUAAAAUCACAUGAAAGAAGCCUUUUUUUACUGUAUAUUUAGAUUGCCCGUCAUUUUUCCCCUACCUUUUUUUUUUCUCCCUACAAGGUUUAUGGCAAUAAAGUUUCUCCAACUGCUGUUCUUAAGAAUGUGUGUAAAAAGCUACUUUGAAAGCAGUGUGUGUUAUAGGCUCGGAGAUUGUAAUGCAGUGAAGAUGUUUAGUGCGAACACUUACGGUCCCAACACCAGUGUCUGAUGAGAACCGUCCCGUCAGUAAGUGGGUUAAUGGCUGAAAGAGGUCCCUCUCCAGGUGUUUUCACGGCAGGUUUAAUGUGCUUGGCUACGGGGGUCUAUGCCCAUAAGUGGCCUGUAGUCUGAUGUCAAGAGACAAAAGAACUUCACCUCGUUUAAGGUUCAUGAGCCAUAGAUUAACCUCGAGAAGGCCAAUGAAAUGAGAACUGCCAGUUACUGGCUGCUCCGUGAUCGAAGGGAGGGAAAUUCCUGAUUUGAACCUGAUUGGACCGAUCCAGCUUGAAUGGCUUGUGAACAAACAAACUCUAAAUGAC